UAAUCACCAGUGGGUAGGAAAACGGCCUUCAGGGAUCAGGAUUGCCCGCCCAUGUAACCUUAUAUAGCACAGAGUGACGCAUCUUGUUGCUAGAGGAUCUUUGUUACUACAGCGAGGCUCCCCUCUCUCUCCUCUGCCUCCUUGCUCCUUUCUGAGCGCGAGCCUCCCUUCUCUCUCUCACGAGUUCUCCUCCUGAAACCUGCGCGAGGCGGUCCCCCCUCUCCCCUUCAGUUAACAUGGCUACAGUUGUAACCUCCACCAGAUUCACAGACGAAUAUCAGCUGUACGAGGAACUCGGAAAGGGUGCCUUCUCUGUCGUUCGCCGUUGCAUCAAGAAGUCCACUGGCCAGGAGUAUGCCGCUAAAAUUAUUAACACAAAAAAACUCUCAGCCAGAGAUCACCAGAAACUGGAGCGGGAGGCAAGAAUCUGUCGUCUGCUGAAGCAUCCGAACAUAGUACGGCUCCAUGACAGCAUCUCGGAGGAAGGUUUCCAUUACCUCGUCUUCGACCUUGUCACUGGAGGAGAGCUGUUUGAGGACAUUGUUGCAAGAGAGUAUUACAGCGAGGUAGAUGCCAGCCAGUGCAUCAAUCAGAUCCUGGAGAGCGUCAGUCACAUCCACCAGCAUGACAUUGUGCACAGGGACCUCAAGCCAGAGAACCUGCUCCUGGCCAGUAAGAUGAAGGAAGCAGCGGUGAAGCUUGCAGAUUUUGGUCUAGCCAUCGAGGUGCAGGGGGACCAGCAGGCGUGGUUUGGUUUUGCAGGAACUCCAGGGUAUCUGUCCCCAGAGGUGUUGAGAAAGGACCCAUACGGCAAACCUGUGGACAUUUGGGCAUGUGGUGUGAUCCUGUACAUCCUGUUGGUGGGCUACCCUCCCUUUUGGGACGAGGACCAACACAAAUUGUACCAACAGAUCAAGGCCGGUGCAUAUGAUUUUCCUUCUCCAGAGUGGGACACAGUGACCCCUGAGGCCAAGAAUCUAAUCAAUCAGAUGUUAACAAUUAACCCUGCCAAAAGGAUCACUGCAGAUCAGGCUCUCAAGCAUCCCUGGGUCUAUCAGCGUGCCAAUGUGCCGUCCAAGAUGCACCGUCAAGAGACUGUGGAAUGCCUGCGCAAGUUCAACGCCAGGAGGAAACUUAAAGGAGCCAUUCUCACCACCAUGCUGGUGUCCAGAAACUUCUCAGCAUGCAAAACCUUACUAAACAAAAAGUCUGACGGUGUGAAGUCGCAGGGAAACAACAGUAAAAACAGUGUAGUAAGCAGCAGCAGCACCAAAGACAGCAGCAUGUCAUCCUCGGCACCAAUGGAAGCCCAGACAACUGUUGUACACAACCCAGCUGAUGGCACAAAGGGCUCCACAGAGAGCUGCAAUAACACAGAAGAGGAGGAGAUGAAAGGUAGGAAAGUGGCUGCCUGUGAGUCUACUAGUACAGACAGUGCAGUGUUAAGCCAGUGCAGCACUACUGAGGAACAGACCCCGACCCCGUCUCCUCUCUGCCCACUAACCAUGUUUGGUCCCCUACAGGAGGCUGCUAGCAGCCCCGAUGUUCCUCAGACCAGUCCAGUUCAGUGCUCUCCUGAACCAGACUCUGCUAUGUUGCCCCCCACAGCCAACAGCAGCAACCCGCAGCAGACUCGUAAACAGGAGAUAAUAAAGAUGACGGAGCAGCUGAUUGAAGCCAUCAACAAUGGAGAUUUUGAAGCUUACACGAGAAUCUGUGACCCUGGGCUGACUUCUUUUGAGCCAGAAGCGCUUGGAAACCUGGUGGAGGGCAUGGACUUUCACAAGUUCUACUUUGAGAAUCUGCUGAGUAAAAACAGCAAGCCAGUGCACACCACCAUUCUCAAUCCCCAUGUCCACCUGAUUGGUGAGGAUGCUGCCUGCAUUGCCUACAUCCGCCUGACGCAGUACAUUGACAGCCAGGGCCGGCCGCGCUCCUGCCAGUCAGAGGAGACGCGCGUGUGGCAUCGCCGUGAUGCCAAAUGGCUCAAUGUGCACUUCCACUGCUCAGGAGCACCAGCUGCACCCCUGCAGUGAACCCAGGCCCAGCUUUGCCUGAACUCUAAAGCUGUUUGGAGCUUUUAUUCUCCAUGGUCGGAUUGGUGCCGGGAUCCUGGCUGGGAGGCAGCCUGUGGGGAAAAUUCAUUACAAUUACAAAAAAAAGAAUAAGAAAAAAAAGUGUAUUUCAAAAGCCUGACUUGAAUGACCGACCAACACCGAUCCAGUCCAACCCUAGCUACAGUAGAUUGUGUUGGGGCCCGGCUGAUGUCGGCCCUGCCUUGCAGAUGGUGCAUGCUUCUGGUGGCGACACAGGGGUGAUGCUGUCCUGGUCCUUUUCUCCCAUGGCCUUUAAGUCCCUGUCUUUGUUUUGUCUGCUGUGUGGAAAAGUAUUAGAAUGUUAAAUACAUACAUAUAACAGAAUAACAGAUACAUGUCGCACACAGUGAAAAGGAAUGGAAAGCACAGCACAGGUAGUAUCGUUCGUUUUACAUUUAACAGGUGUGUGUGGGUGGUUUAUGGGAACGGGAGCAACUAUUAUCUAUUUGUAGUUCAAUAUCCAUUUUAAAUGUCAGGUAUGAGCACCUGUACACAAUGUUUUAAAGGGACUUUUUUGUAUUUGUUCCUGAAUGCUUUCAUUAGAAGUAUUUAAUAUGGGGAAAAGGACUGUUCUUAGUCAGAAUGGGGAUUUUAUUUAACAG